AUGGCGGCAGUCGGCAUGGACCAGGAGAGCAUCGACAGGCGAGAGCUCACCUCUCGCUGUAUCGCCAUCAUGAACCGCGCAGACCCCACCUUCAUUGAGUACAUGAAGUACCACAUCGACAAUGUUGACCCAUCAAAGGGCCCGACUUAUGAGAAGGUGAAGCAGUUUGGUCAGAUCUUGCUCGAGAACUGCCAAGAGGUCGUCGACAAGCCCCCAGUCUACCGCGACGUCGCUUUGCCCACGGCCCCUCACACCGAGGUCAGUGCCAAGGGUGACAUUGUCUACUCUGAGAUCUCGAGGAACAAUGUCCGAAAGCUCGAGAGCUAUGUCAAGGAGAUGGCUUCCGGUGGCGAGGUCGAGCCGGCCGUCAACCUCGACAAGGUCCAGUCCGACAUUGAGAAGCUCUGGGAGCUUGUCAACUCUCAACCCUCCAUCACUCCCGCCCAGAAAUCCGCCAUCAAAUCCAUGUACAGCGAAGUCGUCAAGUCUUUGGGCCACUCUUCCGAAGGCUCUGCCGUCGACGACUCUUUCGCGCCCGCCGCUAUCGCCCGAACCAAGGGCCCCAAGCAGAGGCGAUCUAGUUCUCAAUUCUUGAGGCCUAAUGUGGAGGACAGGACAGAAGUCGAGGAGACUCACUUGCCCUUCUUGCAUUUGAAGAGGAAGACCGGUACCAGCUUCUCUUACAGUGCCAAGCUCACCAACAUCUACUUUGAUGUCCUCACCGAGAUCGCCACCUCUGGUGUCACUUUUGCCAAGAAGGCUGCCCUCCUUACUGGUGUCGGUAAGGGCUCUAUCGGUGUCGAGAUCCUCAAGGGUCUUCUCUCUGGUGGUUGCACAUGUAUCGUCACCACCUCCCGAUACUCUCGUGCCGCCGUCGACUACUACAAGAACAUCUUCCACGAGAUCGGAUCCAAGGGCUCCAAGCUCAUCGUCGUCCCCUACAACGGUGCUUCCCGUCAAGACACCGAGGCCCUCGUGGACUACAUCUACUCUACCCUCCAGAUCGACUUGGACUACAUUAUCCCCUUCGCCGCCCUUCCCGAGAACGGUCGAGAGAUCGACGGUAUCGACGACAAGUCUGAGCUUGCCCACCGAUUGAUGUUGACCAACUUGCUUCGUCUCCUCGGUGCCGUCAAGACAAAGAAGGCUGCCCGUCAGUUCGUCACCCGACCCACCCAGGUCGUCCUUCCCCUCUCCCCCAACCACGGUAUCUUUGGUAACGACGGUCUCUACGCCGAGUCCAAGAUCUCCCUCGAGACCUUGUUCAACAGGUGGUCUGCCGAGUCCUGGGGCGAGUACCUCUGUAUCGCCGGUGCCGUCAUCGGCUGGACCCGAGGUACCGGUCUCAUGAGCGCUACCAACUUUGUCGCCGAGGGACUCGAAAAGCUCGGUGUCAGGACCUUCUCCGCCAGGGAGAUGGCCUUCAACAUUCUCGGUCUCAUGCACCCCCUCUUGUUCGACAUCACUCAGAUCGAGCCCAUCUGGGCCGAUUUGAACGGUGGUAUGGACCGAGUCGCCGGUUUGGCCGAGGUCAUGACUUCCAUCAGGCUCGACCUCAACCGUGUUGCCGACCUCCGAAAGGCAAUCACCAUCGACAACGCUGCCGACUUCCAAGUCAUCAACGGUGGUGACGCCGAGCGCCUCCACCAAAAGGUCGCCAUCGCUCCCCGAGCCAACUUUUCCUACGACUUUCCCAAGAUCGAGGGCGACGACGUUCUCGCCGAGCUCAAGCACCUCGAAGGUCUCGUCGACCUCGACAAGGUCAUUGUCUGUACCGGUUUCGCCGAAGUCGGUCCUUGGGGUUCUUCCAGGACUCGAUGGGAGAUGGAGGCUAGGGGCGAGUUUACCAUUGAGGGUUGUAUCGAGAUGGCCUGGAUGAUGGGCUUCAUCAAGCACUUUGACGGAAAGCUCGGUAAUGGACAGACCUACGUUGGAUGGGUCGACUCCAAGAGCAACGAGCCGGUUGACGACAAGGAUGUCAAGACCAAGUAUGAGAAGGAGAUCAUGGCCCACGCUGGUAUCCGACUCAUCGAACCCGAGAUCAACUGGGGUUACAACCCCGAGAAGAAGGGCUUCAUCCAGGAGAUUGAGCUCAACCACGACCUCGAGCCUCUCGAGGUUGCCGCCGAAGAGGCCGCCCGUUUCAAGCGCGAGCACGGCGACAAGGUCGACAUCUGGGCCCAAUCCUCUGGCGAGUGGUUCGUCAAGUUCAACAAGGGUGCCCGAGUCUUCCUUCCCAAGGCCGUCAAGUUUGACCGACUCGUCGCUGGUCAGCUCCCCACUGGCUGGGACGCCAAGCGUUACGGUAUCCCUGAGGAUAUUAUCGCCCAGACCGACAGGACUGCUCUUUGGGCUUUGACCUGUACCAUGGAGGCUUUGGUGAUGUCUGGUGUCACCGAUCCCUACGAGCUCUACAAGCACGUCCACCCCAGUGAGGUUGGUACCUCUUUGGGUUCCGGUAUGGGUGGUAUGCACUCUAUGAGCGCGAUGUUCAGGGACAGGCGAGAGGAGAAGGAUGUCCAGAAGGAUGUCUUGCAGGAGACUUUCAUCAACACCGUUGCUGGUUGGGUCAACCUCCUUUUGCUCUCUUCCUCUGGUCCCGUCAAGAUCCCCGUCGGUGCUUGUGCUACUGCGCUCCAGUCCGUCGAGAUUGCUUGCGACUCUAUUCUCUCUGGCAAGGCCAAGGUCAUGUUUGCCGGUGGUUUCGACGACUUCUCCGAGGAGGGUUCUUUCGAGUUUGCCAACAUGAAGGCCACCUCCAACGCCGAGACCGAGUUUGCCGCCGGCCGUGAGCCCACCGAGUUCUCUCGUCCCAUGACCUCUACCCGAGCCGGUUUCAUGGAGUCUCAGGGUUGUGGUGUCCACGUUGUCAUGUCUGCCAAGACUGCCAUCGAGAUGGGUGCCUCUAUCCAGGGUAUCGUCGCCUACACCUCUACCCACACCGACAAGGCUGGUCGAUCUAUCCCUGCCCCCGGUCGAGGUAUUCUCUCCACCGCCCGUGAGGUCACUCCCGAUCACGCUUUGCCCUUGCUCGACAUCCAGUACCGAUCUCGACAGCUCGCUUUCCGCCGAAAGCAGGUCUCUCAAUGGCUCGAGAACGAGCACGAGCUCUUGCGUUUGGAGCUCGAGGGCAGAAAUUCGCAGACUGGUAACGAGGAGUGGUUCGCUGCCCGAGUCGCUUUCAUCGACGAUGAGGCCAAGAGGCAGGAGAAGGAUGCUCUUGCUACCUUUGGUAUGCUCGAGGGUUCUCACCCCAACAUUGCUCCUCUCCGACGAGCUCUUGCCGUCUGGGGUCUCGACGCUGACAGUGUCGGUGUCGUCUCUUGCCACGGGACUUCCACCAAAGCCAACGACAAGAACGAGUCCGGUGUCUACAACCUCCAAUUCGAGCAGCUCGGUCGAACUCCCGGUAACGCCGUGCCCGUCAUCACCCAGAAGGGUCUUACUGGUCACCCCAAGGGUGGUGCUGCCGCCUGGAUGUUCAACGGCAUGUGCCAGACCCUCAACUCUGCCCUCGUGCCCGGUAACCACAACGCCGACAACAUCUCUGAAGAGCUCCGUGCCUUCCCCCACCUCUUCUACCCUUCCAAACCCAUCCAGCACGUCCGACUCGAGUGUGGUCUCCUCACUUCUUUCGGUUUCGGUCAGGUCGGUGGUCAGGUCGCUAUUGUCCACCCUCGAUACUUGUUUGCUGCCCUCAGCAGCCACGAGCUUGAGGCGUACAAGAAGAGGCGAACCACGCGAGAGCUUGACACUUACUCUCGUAUGUCUCAGGCGAUCGUCAACAACAACCUUGUCCAGAUCAAGGAGGCGCCUCCUUACUCUGCUGAGCUUGAGGGUGAUGUGUUGUUGAACCCCUUGGCUAGGGCUGGUCCUAGCAAGAACUCGUUUGCUUUCACUGGUAAGCUGCCAAACAAGGCGCCUAUCGACUACAAGAAUGCCGAGACUUUGAGGGCGGUGUUUGAGCAGUCUCAGGGUGUUGCUGGUGUCGGAGUCGACACCGAGCUCAUCAACAGCGUGCCCACGUCCGAUACUUUCCGUGAACGAAACUUCACUCCUGGAGAGAUCGAGUACUGCAACUCUGCGCCCAACCCCACCGCUUCCUUUGCCGGCCGAUGGGCUGCCAAGGAGGCCGUCUUCAAGGCCCUCUCUGUCCCCUCCAAGGGUGCCGGUGCGCCUUUGAAGGAGAUUGAGAUUGUGUCGACCGAGGCUGGACCUAGUGUCAAGCUGAGCGGCGAUGCUCUGUCUGCGGCGGGUACGAAGACUGUCAAGGUGUCUUUGAGUCACUCUGACAACUCUGUGGUGGCGUUUGCGGUAGCUCAAUAG